AUGCUGAUUCUCUGGGCCAUGGCCAUCACAUUAGCCAUCGAGGCAAGAGCACUUGACCUGCUGAACCAAGGCCAAUUGCUGGGAAACCUUCCUGUCCCAGCAUUCCCUGUGCCCAUCCUCAAUAAUCUUUCCAUUUGUAUGCCAAGGAAACAGUCCUCCAGAAGUCUGCCAAUCCCAGAAAAACUUCCACUCAGAAAACAAACAUCUGGGGCUGCAGGAGGCAGGUGCCAACCCGUGGCCAAGUACUUCAUAUCAAACAGCAAGCUCAAAGACUAUCUGAAUGCCACUCUGCUCCCGCAGAUUGAGAUGAUGCUGAAGUGUGAGAAGGUUAACAUGGCUGGUGUGCUUGGGACACUGUUAUCCACAGUGGGUGACUCCGGCCUACUGUCUGUGUUAGACAUCACAUCAUCCCUUGAUAUACUUGGAAGUGGUGGCCUUGGUAGUAUCUUAGGCAAGAGAGGCAGCAGCAAGUCCCUGAAGCUCCCAUUGUCAGAAGUCACUGGUGCCAUCAGUAACCUGCUACCUCUGGGUCAAGAGGGUCUGGGCAGCCUGCUACCCACUGGUGCACACAAGAAUCCUGUAAAAGGACUCCUUGAUAGCACUGGUCUCUCCAACUUCCAGCUACCCCUGAAUGAUGUGGCCAACAAAAUUGGUGAGCUCAAAGAAUCCACUGAGAGUGUGCUGAACAGUGCCCUGUCACCAGAUGUAAAUGAGGCACUCACGGCCCUGCUGGGAAAUAUUAAUUUGGAAGAGCUUUUGCUGGGAUUAAUGGUUCAAAAAGUGACUGUAGAGAGCAUGAAGUUGACAAUGGAAGGCAAUGAGAUCCACGUAGACGCCAAAAUUACUGCCUUCAUCGGAGGAAAAGGCAUAAUUGGACCUGUACUAAGCAUACUGGGAUUUCAAGUGGAAGGGGAUGUGUCCAUGAAAAUUGGCAUUUCCACAGACAACACCCAAUGUGUCAAUCUCUUGGUCCAGGAAAAAGCCAUCAAGGCCAAAAAAGUGGAUCUUCAGAUAGUGCAGACGGUCACAGAGUCUUUGCCUAUCCCUUUGUAUCUGCCCUUGGAUGACAUCAUUGCUCAACUGUUGACAGUGAUUAUGAAUGAGAAUAUUGAAGAACCAAACUCCUGUGCCAUCAUUCUCGAUGAUUUCAACGAUUGCGAGAAUUCUACUGGCUUGUUCACGUACUACAUUAAAAGCUCCAGGAUUUCCGAAGAAGGUCUUUCAACACUCUACUGUGCCAAAGCCAACUUUAACAAAAAUACAGUCCCUGUGCCUGGAAGUUCUCUCCCUCCAGAUCCUAAAAAUGCCAACAUUUCCAUAACUCUGUCCCACACGCUGCUCAGGGCAAUUGUCACUUACAUUGUCAAGCAGAGCUCCGUCAAGAAAAAUAACCUGGAUGUGAGCGUCAGCAGAAUAGCCUACGCCUACCAACCAGGCAAUAAAGUCCAAGCCACCUACUGGGUUAGCAUAAGAAAGGAUGGCAAGUGCGUUGCCACUGGGCAAACGAAUCUCACCCUCUCUUAUGACACCAAGAUUUCAAAAAACAAACUGACCUCAGACAUCAGGCUUUUCAGCUCUGAAAACAGUGUGACACCCCCUGAGGCUAUGCACGAGGUGCAAGAUGUGAUGGCUGAAGUUCUGAAGAAGCUCUAUUCUGGCCUAGCUGAAAAUAUAAAACAAUGGAAUAUACCACCAGGAGUAAUCUCAAGCCUUCUAAAGAAUGCCAAGGUUUUAGUGCUUCAAACGAGAGAUCUUCAAGCAGCAAACUAAACCCAGCAUACCUGAAGGCAAGCAAUGUUCCAGAAUGAAAGC